UACAAACGUUAACAUUCAUUCUAUAUGAAUCGAAUUUGUUCCUUCAAAUAUUGCGCAAAAUGAACUUUAACGGAAACGGAAAUGAAAUAUAAAAACGAAAUUGUUUAAAAUUUAAAAAAAAAAAUAAAUAAAAAUAUUAUCCUGUGAAAAAGUGUUUUAUAAAAAAAAUAUAUAUAUUUUAUUUGAGAAGCAAAUAAUUAUUUUAAAUAACAAAGUGAAUAACUAAAAUAUUACCAUGACUGAGCGGUUUCAAGUUUCUAAGUCAAAUGGGACAAAUCCCAUUACUACAAUAAGUGAAGAUGUUCCUACAAACGGCUCUGAGCCGAAUACUAACGCUCCUAUGCCUCCACCCAGUACCCAACCACCACGCAAAUCCUCACGCAUAUCCUUUAGAGGAUUUGGCAGUUUCUUAAAGCCAAAAACUUCAGAGAUCAAUGAUCGUAAAUUCAGUUUGGCUCAAUUAACACCAGAAUCUUUACCACGUCUAGGUAAUUAUAGGACAUCACAAAAGAAAAAAAAUAAGAGAUGCUCCAUAAGUCAACUACAAUGCGAACCAGCACAGGAAGAGACCAUACAAAUUCCCGAACCUCUGGCACCAGAACCAAGUGGACACGGCAUAAAACUUGGAUGGAUUGUUGGUGUAAUGGUGCCUUGUCUGCUCAAUAUCUGGGGUGUAAUGCUGUUCUUGCGUCUCAGUUGGGUGGUGGCACAAUCGGGUAUUUUGCAAACACUUAUUAUCAUAGCCAUAUCCGCCAUUGUUUGUGUAGUCACCACUCUAUCGCUGUCGGCCAUCAGUACAAAUGGUGAAGUUAAAGGUGGAGGUGUGUACUUUAUUAUAUCAAGAUCAUUGGGUCCCGAGUUUGGUGCAUCGGUGGGUGUGGUAUUUGCAUUUGCCAAUGCAGUGGCGGCCGCCAUGAAUACCAUAGGUUUCUGUGAUUCCCUAAAUACUUUAUUGCGUGAAAAUGGCUUAAAAAUCGUUGAUGGUGGCAUAAAUGAUGUGCGUAUUGUUGGUGUUUGCACCUUGCUAGUUUUAAUUUGCAUAUGCUGUGUUGGCAUGGAAUGGGAGACUAAAGCGCAAAAUUUCCUUAUUGUCACCAUUGUCUUGGCAAUAUUUAAUUUUCUGAUUGGUGCUGGCAUUGGUCCUCAGGGUAAUGCCGAUAGUAUUGCCAAAGGUUUUGUGGGCUUCUCGUGGGGUACUCUAAAGGAGAAUUUCGUUUCGGAUUAUCGCUUUUCCGAGAAGGUUAAUCAGAAUUUCUUCAGUGUAUUUGCCAUAUUUUUUCCCAGUGUUACGGGUAUUCAGGCGGGUGCCAAUAUCUGUGGUGAUUUAAAGAAUCCUGGUGAUGCCAUACCCAAGGGUACGCUAUGGGCUUUGUUGUUGUCUAUGAUAUCGUAUGCGAUUUUUGUGCUUUUCGCUGGUGGUGCGGCAGUGCGUGAUGCUUCGGGUAAUGUUACCGAUUUGAUAAAUGGUACUAUUAUCAGCUCUCAGCUGUCCUGUAAAGCCGAUAAUACCUGUGAAUAUGGUUUAGCCAAUUCGUAUUCGGUUAUGCAAUUGAUGUCUUUGUGGGGACCGCUGAUCUAUGCUGGUUGUUUUGCGGCCACUUUGAGUACAGCUUUAACUAACUUGCUGUCUGUACCCCGCUUGGUACAAGCUUUGGGUAUAGAUCAAAUCUAUCCUGGUUUGAUUUUCUUCUCAAAGCCUUACGGCAAACAUGGUGAACCCUAUCGAGGCUAUGUAUUGACAUUUAUAAUCUCAGCUGGUUUCCUGUUAAUCGGUCAGCUUAAUGUGAUUGCUCCUCUUAUUUCCACAUUCUAUUUGGCUUCGUAUGCUCUCAUCAAUUUCUGUACCUUCCAUGCGGCCUUUGUCAAGCCUUUGGGUUGGAGACCCACAUUUAAGUAUUAUAAUGCCUGGCUAAGUUUGUUUGGCUGUGUUCUGUGUGUGGCCAUAAUGUUCCUUAUAGACUACAUAUCAUCCUUGGUGACUUUGGCCAUAAUAUUUGUUUUGUAUCUGGUGGUCAUGUAUCGCAAACCCGAGGCCAAUUGGGGUUCUUCUACCCAGGCCCAACAAUAUAAAGCUGCCAUUACAGCUAUGCAUAGACUGCAAAAUGUUUCGGAUCAUGUUAAGAACUAUACACCCCAAGUUUUGGUGUUGACGGGAGAUCCCAUAAUAAGACCACCUCUAGUUGAUUUCAGUUAUUUGUUAACCAAACACAAUUCUCUAUUAUUUGUGGUCAAUAUAGUGCCGACCAGUUUGAUUUAUAAGAAACGUCAACAAAUCAUUAAGGAAGGUCAAAAAUAUUUGAAUGCCCGCAAAAUUAAGGCAUUUUACAAUGUACUUGAUGGUUUCUCCAUGGAAGAUGGUGUCAGAGCUUUGUUGAAAUCUACCGGUUUUGGUAAACUACAACCCAACAUUAUGGUAAUGGGCUAUAAAACCAAUUGGUGUGAUUGUGAUGCCAAAGAAGUGGAGAGUUAUUUCAAUAUAUUAAACAUGUCCUUUUCGUUGCGCAUGGGUGUGGUAAUUUUACGCUUACCCGAUGGUUUAGACUUUUCCGAAUUGAAUCCUGAAAUUUCCUAUUCCGGUCCUAAUGGUUUGGGCCACAUUAACACGGCCAAUGCUAUGGGUUUCACCAAUCUUCUAGUGCCCGAAGGCAAUACUGCUUCAGAUCUUUUGCAUGUGGAUUCUAAUCUAAAUUUGGCCGCUAUGGAUAGUGUUAAUUCUUCAUUGACCGUGCCCGAGCCACCGCCAAUGCCCAAUAUGAGCAGUUCCAAGAAAUAUAAACUACAUCAAGAUGAUAAUGUAACCUAUUUGACAAAGGGUGGUUCUGAAGUUCCUAAACAUAUUUUAGAUGCCGUCACCAUAUUCUCGAAUAAACAUCCCAAGAGUACGAUUGAUGUAUAUUGGUUGUAUGAUGAUGGCGGUUUAACCAUGUUGCUGCCUUAUAUUAUAUCGUUGCGUUCCAAUUGGCAAAAUUGUAAAUUACGUGUGUUUGCUUUGAGUCAUGGCAAAGAUGAGGACAUGGAAGAAAAGAACAUGGCCAGUUUAUUGACAAAGUUCCGCAUUAAAUAUUCAAAAUUGAUAAUGCUUAAAGGUGUUACCGAUCGUCCCAAAGAAGCAACUCUAAUGCAACAUAAACAAUUAAUCGAUAGUUAUAGUUACAAUGCCCGUUCUGAGGAGGCGGCUAUAAGCACCUCUGAAUUACAGGAAAUGGAAGAGAAAACCAACAGACAAUUACGCAUACACGAAUUGGUUGUGGAACAUUCGUCAGAGGCGGCCUUAAUAGUAAUGUCACUGCCCAUGCCUAGAAAGGAGGCCAUUUCUGCUCCCCUGUAUAUGUCUUGGUUGGAAAUGUUAUCAUGUGAUGUUAAAUGUCCAGUGGUUUUUGCCAGAGGCAAUCAAACUCCAGUAUUAACUCUGUACUCUUAGUUGUUAGAACAUUCCAUAAAUGCCAAAUAAAGUUAUUUAAUAUUUAGUUUAUAAUUUAAGAGUAUUAUUAGUUAAAUACGUAAAUAUGUAAUUGUUAAACUUUUUUUAGAAAAAAAAAUAAGUUUAAAAACAUUUAAAUAUUUGUAUUAUUUGUUGUUUUCUUUUAGAGUUAAACAAUAAACUGUUUAUUAUUUUAAUUCAUUUUCAAA